GACCACUUUCUCGCCUGACCGGAGAUUUAUCGGUAUACCGUUUGUUUACACAAAGUCUUAAACCAACUUGUCGUUUGUUUAAUGGAAUGGGGGUAAACGAUUUUUGAUUUGCUAAAGAAAAGAGAAGCCACUGUUGUACUGAGCAUUGUUUAUACAUUAUAUGGAAACCAAAAACAAGGAAAUAAGAGCGGGAUCUGUAAUAAAUCUGGAUAUUUAAUGUACAUAUACGUUUCCCACGAACGAACAAUUCUGAUACCGAGAGAAAGGAGCAAGACGAGAUACAAGAACGAGGACCAAUCAUAAAUUGUACAGCAUUCCAUACAUACAACCACGAACAAGCUGAGGACAAGUCAAGAUACACAAAUAUGGCAAAUCCUUUUUUAGAAAAGGGCUAUACAAUGCCCUACCAAAUAUCACAAAACAAGUAUAGAGAGCAAGUGUUUGGCCAUUUGCCAAAGUACAACUACCCACAGCAAAGGCCAGAACCAUUAGCGGGAAGGAAUGUGCCACCAAGAAAUUAUCGCCCAUCCAGUGACACUCCCGUAUACCAGGAUAAAACUCCUAGGAAUUAUUAUGACUCACCAAGGCAACAGCAACAGCAAGAACAAUACGAACAAAGGACGUACCGUUCCGGACGACCAGAUUUAGGAUACGAAAACUACCAGAACAAUUUCGUGCCAUAUCCACAAGAGCCAAUCAGAAACAGGCGGCCAUAUUAUGAACCACCCCCUGAUAUUGGUUAUAAUCCGAACGGCGGUCAAGAUGUCAUGAAGGAACACUUUCGAGAAGAUUAUGAAUAUGGCUCUGGUAAUAAUGACUUAUCCCUGGAAGACGGCGUCGGUCCACAUCCUGGCUGGGUGUUGUUACUGAGGUUUCACAGAGAUGGAGAGGUCAGUGUUCGACGUGCCCUUACCAUGGCUGCUAAGCAUAUUGACUCUGACGGCGGACGCAUAUUAGGACUUGCAAGGUCAUAUUCGGUUCGAUUAAGAGAGGGUGGUGAUGCAUGGGUGACAUUUGGAGGUAUGCGUCACUUUGGUGGCGGUAACUGGGACGUGCAGCAAACCCCAUCUCAGGACGACACACACUACGCUGUCCUAGCAAUAUACUACCCUUCACUAUCACGAGCAAUACAGUGGUUUGACAGAGACUCCUGCUUCAAACAGAAAGAUUUUCCCCCACCCUACACAACUGACUGCAUAGCUCUUCCACUCAGCUCUAGUGUUGAUACAAAAUUUUGCAAGACGUUGGUAAUGUCGGAAUACCCGAGAAUCAGUCAUCCAGAAUACUUUAGAGAUAAGUUUUCAAUUCCAACACAGGAGAUGAUGAGAACAAGGUUCCGGGCUACUCCAUAUGUUGUUAAAGCAUCAUCAAUUCCAGUCGACGACCCAAGGCAAAGAGUUGCUCGACAUUUGCGAGGUUCUUGGAUCAAAAGAAAUAGCAUAAUCACAUUAAGCAUGUUUGACAGUCUCAACGAAACACAUAGAUAUUUCACAGAUCCCGAAUAUUUGAAGUGCAAAGAAGCUCAGGAUCGAGUAUCCGCACCAACCACUGUGAUAAUGGAUCUUGAAGACUGGAGAAUGUAGAGUUUCCAUUAUAAUGUGUGCACAUUCUUUAAAAGACAAUUAUUUAUCGGCUGUGAUUACAGCCUGGUUAGUUUAUAGUAUUCUCGUUGUUUCUACAUGUUUAGAACUAGGAAUGCAAGAUAUUUUAGUUACAGCUUGUUGCUGUAAAAUCUAUCAAAUUUAACAAUGUUUGAAGCCAGGUUGCCUAUAUACACUUCUCCCAGAUUAAAUGUCUUCAUAUUUUGCCUGGUCUACGUAAUAUUUCAACCGUAUAGACGUAUGAUAGUACACGCUUGAUUUAAAUACAUUAUAUUUUAGCCCUUCAGCUGUCAAUUUGAUACGAUACUAAUGUAUAUGCCCACACAUUUCGUAGUGCUGAAAUAGUCGUGAGUUUUCGCUUUUUAUGAAAUGGACUAGAUCAUAUCUUAUGAUAAGAUAUGAUAAGGUAAUAAAAGAAGAAAAGUACACUUGUUUAGCGAUCAACAUUUGAACAAAUAAAGGCAUCCAUUACAAGGUAUACUAUAUACAUAAAUGCCAGAAAUACUAAUUUCUAAAAGUGAAUUAGAAUUUUGCGUUAAUCCAUUCUUGUAUUUAAUUAACUUGCACGUCUUUAUACAUGUUUACAAGAUGAAAUAACUCGAUUUAACACAUUAACAAAAUUUUCACAAGAGAAUGAAUCAGAAAUUACUUUUAAAUAAUUCAAGCGGACACACUCGGAUAAUUUACUCAUCCGCCUAUUCUGUCUUAGACGUGUGAAAAAUGUUUUGCAGCAAUGACGUUAGUUCAUAUUUGCCAGUAUGGUAUUUCAGUGAACAAAGACUUGAGCUAAAACGUUGACUUUUAUCAAACAGAAGCAGUGCAUUUUUGUUUCCGUGUUUAACAUCUACAUUGUUUCUCUCAAAUUGAAAGCAAAAAGCUUUUAAAUGUAGCAAAGGACUUCUGUUUGCUAAAACAUUGCCGUAUUUGAUUUAUAACUACUGACAAAAACGGUUAUUUUCUAUUAUUUACUAACUACAAUACAUAAGAUCAUGUUAUAUAUGGAUACAGUAUGGCACAGGUGUACUUGAGUAGCUGUUUGUUCUUGUGUUAAUGUCCUCAUUAUGUAGAUAUAUUGCACAUUUUACAUGCCCUAUUGCUGUGAUAUAAUUUAUUGGUACGGAGAGAGUAAAUACAAUACUUGAAAGGAAUAUAUUUUAUAUGCUUGUAGAUAUAUAGUUCAAUAAAUAUAACCAGAAA